AUGGCAUCAUUCGCAUCUCCUGCCGCGGGCGACUCACAAUCUACCCCUAAACAGACCUCGCAGCAGACAACUACAACAGUACAACCAGAUACGAAACCACAAGAGCCGACUACAGCCCCCGUCUCAACGGACGCGCCGAAACCUGACCCUGCACAGCAACAGCCCAAGCAAUCAACGGACGACGACGGCGACGAUGAUUCGGACUUCGACGAUCUGGACGAGGUCCUCGACGACUUCAAACCGAAAUCCCAAGCAGACACCCCCGCACCGCAACUCCCCACCGGCGCCUCCGACCCCUCCGACUUCGACGAGUCCGCCUUCAUGAGCCAGCUCGAGAAAGACAUGGCUAGGAUGAUGGGCCAAGCAGCGCAACAAUCUGGCGUCUCGGACUCCACGGGCUUCGAGGACACCAUCAACCAGGGCGCGGACGAAUUCACGAAACAACUAGAGGAGAGCGGGAUCGCGCCGGGCGAUUUCAUCAAGCAGCUUUUGGCGGAUGUUAUGGCGGAGGAGGAGGAUGGGAAGGGCCAGUCGUCAGGGUCGCCCUCGACGUCGGCAUCAGGGGCAGCAGCAGCAGGAAGCGCAUCUGGCGCGGGCGCGGAAUCGUUCAACGAUGCAAUCCAACAAACAAUAAACCGGAUAAAAGAAUCCGGCGAUAAGGCAACGGCUGCCGCAUCGGAAGAUAAUACGGAUGAUCUCAUUGCGCAACUUCUCAAAGCCAUGGAGGCCGGUGGCGACGGGUCCGGUGGUGACGAAGGCGACCUGACCAAGAUCUUUAUGGGGAUGAUGGAACAACUAUCGAAUAAAGACAUGCUCUACGAGCCGAUGAAGGAAUUGGACACGAAGUUCGGCCCCUGGAUCCAGGAGAACAGGGGCAAGGGCAAGGUCGCCGAGGCUGAUAUGGAGCGGUAUGAGAAACAGGCGGAACUAGUAGCGGCGAUUGUGAAGAAGUUUGAGGAGCCGGGAUACACAGAUGAGGAUGCGAAGUGUCGCGAGUAUGUGUGGGAGAAAAUGCAGGCUAUGCAAGCAGCCGGAAACCCACCAGACGAGCUCGUCGCUAAUCCCUGGAUGGAUGACCUCAAAGGCGGCGGGGGUAUGCCUGAUUGUCCGCAGCAAUGA